GCAAUGCAUACUGCUCAGCUACAACCCCCCAUUAUACUGUAACUGGGGUAUUCGUGACUGGACGUCUGGGGGGAUCACACACAUUUCCGAUUAGAGGAGGAGGGAGAGAGAGAGAGAGAGAGAGAGAGAGAGAGAGAGAGAGAGAGAGAGAGAGAAAGAGAGAGAGAGAGAGAGAGAGAGAUUACCCUUUCAUUCCAACCAAUGAGACGGUCGAUACUCUAAGAUUUUCAGAGUUGCAGGAGCACAAAGUGAGCUGACUGUGUGAAGUUCCAGGUAAAACUGCAACCCGACUUAAGCUCCUGGUGCUCAGGUCUUCUGCUCUUUAAGCCCUUGAGGCCACUCCUCCAGGCUUUGAUGCCCACAAUCUUUGAAGCAGGUGGACAGACACAGGCAUGAGUAACAGUGGGACCAAAGAGCCGUCUCCCCAGCCGAGUACUGCCCAGUCACCUCCUGAGCCCCAGCGCAGGGGCAGGGGUCGGCCCCGGAAACAGCAGCAGGAGCCUGUUGGACCACCGACCCCAAAGAGACCGAGGGGACGACCGAAAGGCAGCAAGAACAAAGGCCCCAGAACUGCACUGAAGAAAGUAGAGCCCGCUGCGGAGAAACGACCACGUGGGCGACCGAGGAAAUGGCCACAGAAGGUAGUUCAAGAAACAGCUGAAGAGCAACAGGGCCCUUCAGAAGAGGCUGAGGAGAGUCCCUCGCAGUUUGACCCCUCGUCAUCUCAGGAUCCAGCACAGGAGGAAGGGGAGUAGAUAGGAUGCCUCUCUACCUACCUCAAGGUUUGGCCUCAAACAAACAGAGGUACAAUCUGACUCCUAUCUGUGAUGGGGAUUCAGGAACACACACACGCUCACACAAACAUACAAAGAAAUGAGUCGCAGUUUCUUUCCCAUGGAAUAUUUGUACCGAUUCUGAUUUGAUGGUUAAAUUUUUACAUUUUUUUAGGAUAAACUCCAGCCCCUCUGGUUGUAUGGGUUUUGUACGUGUGUGUGCGUGUGUGUGUGUGUGUGGUAUUGUGUGUUGUGGUUAUGUGGAGAGGGGUUAGGGUUGUGGGCUAAAGUGAGAGGGGGGGUUAAGAAAAAAAAGGAACCAAACCAAACCGUUUUAUUGAAACAUGUUUCCAAAUCAAGUGUCAUGAAUCCUCAUAUGAAACGGGAGCAAGACGGUGGCAUUUUUAGCUAAUGUUACAAAAUUAAAAUGGUGCGCUGAAGUUAUUACUAUGAAAGUAGAUGUGAAAGGUUUCAUUCCAAAAUGUUUUAUCCAUUUUAGAAGGGGAGAAUGGCUUUAGUAGGUAAGAAUAUUAACAAACUAUUCUUAUAUAGGGCUGAUUGAUACUUUUACGAUUUUACAAUUUAAGAAAAAGACAUUUACAUAUACAUUGUGAUAAAAAUCUUUGAUUUAGUUUUUUUUGCUGCACUGCACUCAUGUCAUAAAAAAUAUAGACCUAUUAACCACCGAAAAGUUGAACUUAAAUUUCCACUCUUGUUUUAUGUUUCAGCACCCUGGCAUUUUUCCAGUCAAAACAAUUUUACAACAUAGAAAGUAAAUCUAUUUACCACAACUGGAAGGGAGCGGUUAACAUAGUAUCAUUAUAUAAAGUGUAUAAAACUCAUAUGUGCGUGCGUGCAUGCUGUGUACACUGACAUGGACACUGACAUGUUCUCCUUAGGUAUUGAAAUAUGAUAUCAAACGGCAAUUUUUCAGCUCUCGAUAGUAUCUUAGCAAUUCAAUCGGUGCUGUAAAAGUAUCAAAGUUCACUACCCAGCCCUAGUGUUACAUUAGCUCACAUGUCAGCGUGAGUGAAAGUUAACACGACUGCUUAAUUCAUUUUUCCCUGUAAACUAGCAGCUGUUUGGAGAAAGGUUUUAAAGGAUACCUCAUUUUGGAAAGAAGCCCUUCACAUAUACUUUACUCAACAAAAGUGUUGACAUGUCAUUUUACCACACUCAGGACUUUACUAUUACAGUGCUUUUUCACCAUAUUGAAACCUCAGGUACAAAACUAUUCAGGAACAUGUUGUCAGUCUACUCAGUAAAAAUUAUUGUGCUGUGUUUGUUGUGCAUUUCUGAUCUGUAUUUGACAUUACCAAUAUGCCUUGACACAAAGACCUCAUUUAAACCUCAGUUACCCUCAGUUUCUUGAUCUCUCAUUCUACCUCAGUAACACACAAAUAACAGAAGAUCUCCAACAAAGUCACUCUCCACUCCCUCAGCAGUGACAUGCACACUUACUGUACACACAAACACACCAGGUGCAGACAGACAGAUGAGCGAUAAAUUAAAGGAAAAACCAGCAUCACCUGGGCAUUGAUUGUAAGUCUGUGAACUGAAAUGGAACCACGAACACUGACAUAUUCACUCAUCAGGUCCAAAAAUCUCCUCAUGACUGAAGGCCAUAGGAUGUAACUGGCUUUGUUUUCAUUCUCACUGAACCAUUCAUUGACCCAUCGUGCCUUAUAGAUGGGGGUACCGUCGCCUUGAAGAGACAGCUCCUAUCAGGUUUUUCCUUUAAUUCGUCACCCAUCUGGACAACUCAGACAUGUAGACAGUGGCUGCAAGCCAACACACUGCCACGCAAGCACACAUAAUCAAACAUUACACUCCAGCGGACGAUCUGACUCCCAUCAUUGCUCAAAUAAAAGCGUUGGUGUCAAUUUUUUUUUUUGUAAAAAGCUGAGAUGAGACUUGAUUUGUUCUCCUGGGAAAAAAUGCAGCCAAUGGUUUACAACAACUUAAUGAAAUAUGUGCUUCUUAGAGUGUAGUUCUUUAUGAAAUGCUUGUUUUUUGGGGUCUUUUACUUUUUUCUCAUUUUACUACAUCAUGUAUUUUCUGAUUAUUACACUGUAAAUGUUAUGUGUGACACUCUCAGUUUGUGUGAUUGAAAAGAAGGGGUGGCAAGUGACAACACAAUUUAAAAUACAUGACGUUAAAUAUUUGAAAUAUUGAAGUUACCUACAGUAAAGGCUAAAUGUAAUGCAUCCAUCACUGUUUUUUCUUUGAGAGAAAAAUGCCCAAAUUAUUGACCAUUUUGCAGUUUGAUCAUAAAAUGAUCUGUUUCACCCGAAUAUUAACCCAUAAAGACCCAAACAGCCACUGGCAACCAAAAUCCUCUACAGAUCUAAAAUGUUUAAUAAUGUCUGAGCCACUAAACCUAUUAAUACAUGUCAAUAAUUGGUA